GCUGUUAGGGGACAUGAACGUCGGCAAGACGUCGCUGUUACACAGGUACAUGGAAAGGCGCUUCCAAGAAACUGUCAGCACGGUCGGGGGAGCCUUCUACCUGAAGCAGUGGCGAUCCUAUAACAUUUCCAUCUGGGACACUGCAGGAAGGGAGCAAUUCCAUGGUCUUGGGUCUAUGUACUGCCGAGGAGCUGCCGCUAUUAUUCUCACCUAUGAUGUGAACCACCUGCAGAGCCUCAUUGAACUGGAAGACCGGUUCUUAUCUCUGACAGACACAGCCAGCACGGACUGCCUCUUUGCCAUUGUGGGGAACAAGAUCGAUCUCACUGAUGAUGCCGGCGGGGAGGAUGAUGCAGAAGAUGAGCCUGGAAAGGCCACUGGCACCUGUAACUCGGCCAGAGCCCCGAAGCGAGUUUGUCUGGAGGAUGCCAUGGCUCUUUAUAAGAAGAUUCUGAAAUACAGAAUGUUAGAUGAAAAGGAGGUGCCAGCUGCUGAAAAGAUGUGCUUUGAGACUAGUGCAAAGACAGGCUACAAUGUGGACUAUGUGUUUGAAACCCUGUUUGAUAUGGUGGUACCAGUGAUUUUGCGCCAGAGAGCUGAGGGACCUUCACAGACUGUGGAUAUUACUCAUUACAAACCAGCAAAACAGACCCAAUCUAGAUGUUGUGUCUGAAACAUCAAAUGUUCUUUUUAGACUUUUAAACUGUUAAAAAAAAAAGAAAGAAAGAAAGAAAGAAAGAAAGCUUUCAGUGAAAUUAAUUGACCUUUGGAUAGGAAAAAAAAUAAACAUGGGAGAAUUUAAGGAACUGAUAUUUAGAAUCAUGUUUGGGGAAAGAGUUCCAUGGAGAGACAGCUAUUCAUGAAGAAAGUUCUGUGAACUCUUAUCUUAUUAUGUGGGUUACCAAGUGGGAAAUCUAUUAGGAAUUAUUUGUGAUAAUAGAUUUGCAGUAUUAGGCAAUUGACUAUUCCAUGGUUUUCACUUCAUAGUGGAUCUAACCUUUCUUCCCUAAACCAAGGUUCUGAUAUUUCUCCCUUUGAUUGUACAAAGACAAAUUGCCAAAGCAUGUGAAUUGUCCUUGAACCUUCUGUUUCUGUCAAGUUGCACUUUUUUAUAAAUAUUAUUUUUAAACAUUUAUUCUCCCUGUAAUUUAAUUUAGACCUUUCUUGCUUUUUGGUAUGAGUACUUUUUAUGAAUUAUGAAAAUGAUUCUAUUGGUCUUUGACCCAUUGAGACAGUUGUUAGAUUAGUGAUUCUCAUCUUGGCCUGUUCUUUUGAGAGGUAGACUGACCAUUUGGUUCCUGAAAGAUACCUUGAGGAUGUCUGAGGAAAAGGGGAUGAAAUAAAAAUUUCUGUUUUCGUAGAAACUCCUUUGAACACUCCAAGUAUGAGCCUUGGUAGGAAGAGGGUAGCAGUGAGAAUAACACAUUUAAGACAGUUCUGAUGAGUUGAACAUGUUUUAUUUGAAUUUGGGGAAGCACGUAAGUGUUGAAAUAAACACCUAAAAAUCCCCUUGUCAAAUUGAAACACACAUGGAUACAAGUUUCUGAGCAACUGGAUCAGUUGUUAUUAAAUAAAUUUUUCUUUAAGGGUAGAUGUGAUUUUAAGAGACAACUUAAGGUCAGUUUAUCAUUGACACUCCUUAAUAAAGAUGUGCUAUUGCUAAU